AUGUCUAACUCAUCAUUCUACGACUUUCACUGCCCGACCGGAGGCAAGUGGUAUGCUUGCUCUACUGGAAGCAAAUUCGUCGGUUGCUGCGGAGCUGAUCCUUGUGUCAACGGCUGCCAGCAAGGAAACAUCCGUGCCGGUGGCUACAACAUCUCACAUUAUGGCGAAUGGCCAGGCGCUUCUUGUGCACAAGGCAGCGCUUUCUACACAUGCAACGCAGGAGACUCUUUCUGGGGAUGCUGCAAGACAAAUCCAUGCGCAGCGACCCCACCGGCUACAUGCACCUCGGGAGACCUAACACCUGCCUUCAUGGGUCUGCCAGAACAAUUCAGCUUUUAUGCCUCAGAUGUCUCGAGCCCAACCCCAAGCGAAACAUCAACUGGAAGCCCCUCGAAGAGUAAUACUGGUGCCAUCGUUGGUGGAGUUGUCGGAGGUGUCGCCGCUCUUGCCAUCAUCGGACUGAUUGCCUUCUUUAUCCUCCGCAAAAGACGCAACAAGAAGUCUACCGAAGGCGAAAUGGGCGCAGCAGCCAUGGUCCCAAUGAUGAACAACGAGAAGCAUGACCACAACAGGCACUCAUCACAUUUCGACGGCCAAUCACCACCUCCUACAUAUACCUCUCCUGUCCAAGAUCCUUACCAACAAAACUACCCAACCAAGGGCCAGCAAUCAUACGUCCAAUACGCCAGCCAUGCGAGCGAACCCCAAGAGCUCCCGGCAGAGGUCUCUUCGUCCAACCGAUACUCCGAACUUCCCGCCGGCGCAUCGGAUGUUGUAGACACUCGGCGAUUCUCCGAACUUCCUGCCGAGGCACGGCCUGGUCCUUCUGAGCUGGAGUCACCACAGAUUUCACCUAUGCCGGUGCAAGGCGCGUUCUCCAACGACAAGACGAAGCGAGCGAGCCGAGUUCAAGGGUUGGGCGUAAUGACCGAGGAAUCAUCGUCGUCCAGAAACUAG